AUACAUCCACCAAGUGAUUAUUUAUUAAGAUAUAUAACAUUGGGUGAUCUUGGAAUUGGAAAAUCAACCUAUCAUAAUAUUAUUAGAAAUGGAAAGUUUGAAAUUUAUAAAAAUAUUGGAAUUGAUUUUUGUAUAAAAACAUGUACAUUACCUAUAAAUGGAUUAUUAAUUAAACAUCAAAUAUGGGAUACAAGUGGAGAAGAGAGAUUUUAUAGAAAUAAAUCAAGUUACAUAAAUAGAUUAUUAAGAUUUAAACAAUUAUUUAUUUAUUGUUUUUCAAUGAACAAUGAAGAGAGUUUUAAUAAUUUAAAUGAUUGGUUUGAACCAAUUAAGGAAAUUAAAGGAAGACAUUUAGAAUUAAUUAUUGGA